UUGCAGGCGGAAUGUGCUGGGAAGCGUUGUUUCUUUCAUGAUUGUGGAGACAACGCACGAUGUGGCCAGGCGAAGGCGCGCGACCAUGCGGGUGGCUAUUCAGUCGACGCUGUAGUCGAGAAGACGGUACAUCCACGGCACCGGAUUCAGUUUCGAUUCAAGUGUCGAAACGGUCGGAUGCUCUUUUUGUUGUGCAGUGGUAGUAAAAUUCGCAAGCCGGUUUCCAAACUGUGUCUAGCUUCCGGUGCCUGAUCUGGUUAUGGUUGGAUUUUUUUGUACCGCCGUUGGUGCUUUGAUUUCCUCGAAGCAUCCUAUCUGUGACUAGUGGACUUCUCUAUCGUAUGAAUUAGGUUCACGUUUCGGCGUUCGGUUAACGAGGAUCAGAAUGGCUCUCUUAUCGGUCAGCAGUGCGGGAUGAAAUUUGAAAGUGCGUUCGAAGUUUUACGACAGUUGUUAUCGAAGUAUUGUUGGAUUAUGUACUGAUGGAGCAGUAAAGCUUGCAGACUAUGGAUCGACGGACAAUCGGCAGUUGAGAAUUCGUCGGAUCAUUGCUAAAAAAAUCUUGUUCAGAAAGUUACCACCCAUUACAUAUCGUGCAUUCGUGAAAGCGUGAUUGUGUGUGUGUGCCAGUGAUUGAGAGAAGUGUUAACAAUACGCGGUGCCUGAUGAAAUCUUCCAUGGAAAAUGGAAACGGAAAAGUUCGUUGGUGCGAUGGUGCUGCUGUGAAAAUCACUACAAAAGAAUAUUAAAGUGAGUGAAUUUCUGGUUUUGUGUCACUGUUACCAACGUGGUGAAUUGUCAAGUAGAGAAUUAAGUAAAAGUUAAAUUUAGUGUAAACUGUGUUCUCGAUGUUUCACAAGUGCUCAUUUUUUCUGGCUUUGUGAAGCCGUGUGUUACUUCGCAUCGACAGCUCGGUGGUUCCAUUGGAAUCACCAUUCUUUUCAUCGGUAGCCGUCAGUGGCCGUGAUGGUGCCACUGCGUUUUUUUCGAGUGUCCUGGCAAACGCAACGAGCGCAAAAACGACGACCUCCGCGUUGCUGAACGUCCUCAGCGAGUCUGCAGCCAGCUAUUUUUCCAGCGGUGCAAACACCGACCAACUGCACCGAACGGGAGGGAACGGGUCUUUAGGUGGCAUUGCAAGUGCAGAUUUUCUCAGUGAAAUUAGUCAACUAGUCCUGAAUUCAACAAGCCAGGUGUUCGAGGAUGUGUACAUCAACAGCAGUGUCGGCAACAACAACAGCAGCAGCAGCACUAGCAACAACGACAGCGGUAGCAACAGCUACAACCAGUCCUCCAACGAAAUGCCCCAGAUUCCGGAGUAUAUCCGAGCGACCUCGAUGGUGUUCUGCAUCAUCAUAAUGUGUCUGGGGGUCAUCGGAAACAUCAUGGUUCCCAUCGUCAUUCUUAAAACGAAAGAUAUGCGCAACUCUACCAACAUUUUUCUUACGAACCUGAGCAUUGCCGACCUGUUGGUACUGCUUGUUUGUACACCGACGGUUCUGGUAGAGGUGAACUCGCCACCCGAAGUUUGGGUUUUGGGAGAGGAAAUGUGUAAAGCGGUUCCGUUUGUGGAGCUGACGGUGGCCCAUGCCAGCGUGCUGACGAUUCUGGCGAUAUCUUUCGAGCGAUAUUACGCCAUCUGUGAGCCACUGAAGGCGGGCUACGUGUGCACAAAAGCGCGGGCUCUCGUAAUCUGUCUAGCCGCGUGGACGGUGGCGGCCAUUCUUACGAGCCCAAUCCUGAUGAUCUCCUCCUACGAGUAUGUUGAAUACGUAAACGGGAAGAUGGUUGCCUCCUGUUUGACACCGGUGGAAAACUUUUGGCAUGCGGCAUUUUUUGUGGCGAGCAUCGUGGUGUUCUUCAUCUUUCCUCUUUUCAUUCUAGUCAUCCUGUACUCGGUGAUCGCCAAAAACCUGAUGGAUAACCCAGGGAUCAUCAUGUCGAACGCCAGCGGUACUCGAAACAAUGUGCUGAAGUACCGGAAACAGGUUAUAUUUAUGCUCGGUGCCGUUGUGGUUAGUUUCUUUUUCUGUCUGUUGCCAUUCCGGGCACUGACACUGUGGAUUAUCGUCGUGCCCAGCGAAGUCAUCGUAUCGAUCGGCAUCGAACGGUUCUACAUCAUAUUGUACUUCUGCAGAAUUAUGUUGUACAUGAACUCGGCCGUUAAUCCAAUACUGUACAAUCUUAUGUCAUCGAAAUUCCGUAAUGGUUUCCUGCAGUUGCUCGGUUGUGGUCAAUUGAUAAAAUCCGAUGCACUCUCCUCUGGCACGAGAAAGGGUACGUUCCAUACAACGUCAACGAAUCUUAGUAGUUCACACAAUAGUUCAAGUCAGAGACGUUUCACCAGAGAUGAAGGCAGCGUCAGUGGGAGUGUUCGAAUCCUUGCUGAGAACAGUAGUAGGAAACGUCUGUUGUAUCACCGGCACAGCAGUACGGUAUCGAUAAGAUCUUCGUACGAUGAAAUUAAAGAUGGAGUACCAGUUCUAGUUGAAAAUUGCCCAUUGGAAACUAGUCCACUGAAAGCGAGCAAAAUCGAAGAGCUGGACGAAACUAACAUACUGCCAAAUGAUAACGGUUUCCUUAGAUGUAAGCAGCUCACUGGCAAAUGUAAUGUUAGCUGUACUGCCAAUAGUUGUAACAAGAAGACUAGUCAUCGGCUGAAUGGGAGCAUCUCGGUAGAACCGACAACCAUUCACCAAACCGACAAUAAAUACUUAGUUUUAAGGAAAGCUAUUGUAGUUGUACGCGAGGUCGAAGGACAUCCGUCCGGCGAACCUCAGAACGGUACACAACAGAUCUCACAAGGGGAAUCAUCUGGGAACAGUUUCCCAGUACAAGAAACCACACUCAUCCUGAAAGCACACGGAAACAGGCAGCAUUUGUUGUCCAUCACUGCCAAAGAAGCACCAAAUGGUUGUUGUGCCAUCGUGGACCCAGAACAAAACAUGCCAACCGAAAGGGGCUGUUUCGGUGGGGCUGUUGAGACGGGUCUGGCCAAAAGAGCUGAUAGCAAGCCUGAUCUGAAUCGUCGCAAAUAUGAUGAUGGGGUGGAUUUUGAUGAGAUUACUAAAAUAAGACAGUUUUAUGGCUCGAUGGAAUGUGAUAUCUAGGGAAGUGAAACGGAAUGAUAAUCGAAACGAUGGUGAUAAGUAGGGGAAAAAAUCUCGGUUGGAUUGAUAUUUUAGCUAGUGCUGACGAGCGAAAGCUCUGAUGAUGACAGUAGAAAGCUGUUGGUUUGACGUUUGGAAUAAGAAAGAGAAAAACGAUGAAAACCCAAGUAUUGUACACAUUCUAUUUAUUUAGUAAACUAAGAUAGGAUAAAUUUCUGUAAUAAAAUUGUGGUUGAAAUCAUGUUGGA